GGGCGCAGGGACAGCAACGCUGGUCCGGGCUGGGGUAAUUCCGACUAAACCCUCAGGGGCUCCCGGUCCCUGGAAAGGUGGCUUAUUCGGUUUGAUGGUUUGUAAGAGGCUGUGUUUCCCCCCCGCCCUGACAGAAAGACAGCCUGAAGCGCAGAGAUAUUUCUUCAUUUCUUCUUCCACCUGCCGUUGGCUGCCCGAACGCAACUGCUCAAACUCGGCGGCGCACAGCCCCCCGCGCGCUCACGGCUCCCCUCCAGCAGGCGGGGGCUGCCGAGAGUGGAUUUGGGGUUUUCUCUCUCUCCCGAUAGAUACUUGUGCAAACGCUUAAACAUUGCUAAUUGCCGAAGCGUAUUAUCUUACAACCCUCGCUGGAGGAGGUAGGACCGCAGAGGGUCGUGCCCGACGCCCCUGUGCAAGUGCAGUGAUGAAUCUCUCGUGUAGCUGAAGUGCAGACUGGUUGGAAUAUGCUGCAGACAAUUUACGAGAGUGAAUCGUGUUUUUCCUCAGAUGGGGUUUCUGGACGUGAACAGCUCUUGGCUCAGCAAAGAAUGCACAGUAUGAUCAGCUCAGUGGAUGUAAAGUCGGAGGUUCCCGUGGGAUUAGAGCCUAUCUCACCAUUAGACUUGCGAACUGAUCUCAGGAUGAUGGUUCCCAUGGUGGACCCAAUUAUGCGUGAAAAGCAGCUACAGCAGGAACUACUUCUGAUCCAGCAGCAGCAGCAAAUUCAGAAACAACUGCUGAUUGCAGAGUUUCAGAAGCAGCAUGAAAACCUGACCCGCCAGCAUCAGGCCCAGCUCCAGGAGCACAUAAAGGAACUCCUAGCCAUUAAACAACAGCAAGAACUCCUUGAAAAAGAGCAGAAACUGGAGCAGCAGAGACAAGAGCAGGAACUGGAGAGGCAUCGCAGGGAACAACAGCUUCCUCCCCUCCGAGGCAAAGAAAGAAGCCGAGAAAGGGCAGUGGCCAGUACAGAAGUGAAGCAGAAACUUCAAGAGUUCCUGUUGAGUAAAUCAGCAACAAAAGACUCUCCAGCAAACGGGAAGAAUCAUUCCAUGAGCCGCCACCCCAAGCUCUGGGCUGCCCACCAUACCUCACUGGAUCAAAGCUCUCCACCCCUGAGUGGGGCCUCGCCACCGUACAAAUACACUUUACCAGGAGCGCAGGAUGCCAAGGAUGAUUUUCCACUUCGUAAAACGGCUUCAGAGCCCAAUUUGAAGGUACGUUCACGGUUAAAACAAAAGGUGACAGAAAGGAGAAGCAGUCCUUUACUCAGGAGGAAGGAUGGGCAUGUUGUCUGUUCAUUCAAGAAGCGACUCUUCGAGGUGACAGAAUCCUCAGUCAGUAGCAGCUCCCCUGGAUCAGGUCCCAGUUCCCCAAGCAAUGGUCCGACCAGCAGUAUAACAGAAAAUGAAACCUCAGUUUUGCCAUCUAACGUUCAAGCUGAGCAUCUGGUUUCACAGCAACGCCUUUUGAUACAGGAUGAAUCAGUGAACUUAUUGAGUCUGUACACAUCCCCUUCUCUGCCCAACAUUACCUUGGGACUUCCAGCAGUACAACCUCAAAUCAGUGCUUCAUCGUCAUUCAAAGAAAAGCAGAAGGGGGAGACCCAGUCGCUCAGACAAGGAGGGGCCUUGGCUGGACAGUAUGGGGGGAACAUUCCUCCGUCCUCAACUCAUCCACACGUUGCUUUGGAGGGAAAGCCAAAUAGCAGCCACCAAGCUCUCUUGCAGCAUCUGUUACUGAAAGAACAAAUGAGACAGCAAAAACUUCUUGUGACUGGAGCGGUUCCUCUUCAUCCACAGUCUCCUUUAGCAGCAAAGGAGAGAGUCUCACCUGGCAUAAGAGCUGCCCACAAACUGCCUCGUCACAGGCCACUGAAUCGAACCCAGUCAGCUCCUCUUCCUCAGAGUACUUUGGCCCAGCUGGUCAUCCAGCAGCAACAUCAACAAUUUUUGGAGAAGCAGAAACAGUACCAGCAGCAGAUCCACAUGAAUAAGAUGCUCUCUAAGUCCAUUGAGCAGCUCAAGCAGCCUGGCCAUCUGGAGGAAGCUGAAGAAGAGCUUCACGGAGAUCACUCGAUGCAGGAGGAGCGAGCUCCCGCCGGCGGUGCCAGCGUUAGGGCUGAGAGCAGCAGUGCUGGUGUGGAUGACAGAAUAGGACAGCAGGUGGGGGCUGUGAAAGUCAAAGAGGAGCCACCGGACAGUGAUGAGGAUGUUCAAACCCAGCAAAUGGAAUCUGGGGAGCAAGCUGCUUUUAUGCAACAGGUAAUAGGCAAAGAUUUAGCUCCAGGAUUUGUAAUUAAGGUUAUUAUCUGAACAUCACAUGCGUUUUCUAGGCUUUGAUAAGCAAUUGUGUUUUGAUUCACUGAUCUAGCAAAUCCUGAUUUACCGGUCAAAGAAUUUAACAAAGGCAGAAGUGUUGUAUGCACACUUGAAAACAUAGUGAAGCUCAUCCUUAUGGCCACUAAUUGAGAAAAUACCUGUUGCCGUCAAAUAGUCUACAUAAAUCUUUGUAUAAUAGCUGGUAGACUUUGUAUUAGCCCAGGAUUACAUUACAUCGCUUAGUUCUAGUGAAAGAGAACUCGUAUCACCUAGCUUGUUGAGAUCAGCAAUUGCUGGAAUUAGUUUCCAGACCUGAUUGAUGAAACAUUCUUCUUCUCUGAUUUUGAAUCCUCUGACUUUUGCUUUCAGCUCUCUGUAUAUACUGUAUCAUACUGUAGUCUUGAACACUGUUAACGUUAGGGUAUUUUUUCCCCAGUAGACAGGUACUGACUGCUAUAUCAGUGGUCCCAGGCUGGUGUAUAAUUUAGAGAAGAAUACAAGGUGGAUGUAAAGAGGCAAGGCAAGGCACUGUUUAAAAAUUGCAUUGUUUUCUUUUUUGCACUGCUUAGUUAAUUUUUCAUUCUGUCUUAUUUGAUGAAACUGUCCGCAGAGACAUCCUUAAAUGAAGCAGAUGCAAAUACUGGUGAGAAGUAAAAUGCAGCAUUAGGUUCCAGUCAGUUAUUAGGAUAUUGCAGGAAAAGCACAGAACUGUUAUCGUGAUCAUCUGAUCUCCAAUCACUUGUUUAUUUUUUUUAAAUAAAGACUAAGCAUACAAUAUCGCAUAACCUUUACCGCGAGGUUUCAUGGACAAAUACUAAAGUAACGACUAUGCAUAAAAUGCCGACUUGGCAAAAGGAAACUUCAGAUUGUCGGUGAGCAUUUCACCAAAGCUGAAAAGCGUUUGUGCAGCCAGCGAGCUGGCGUCCCGUUCCGUUGCUGUAAGAUCAGGCAGAGCAAGGCUGGGUGCAGUGGAAGGCCCUGUUUAUUUAAGUUGCUACUUUGUCAGGUCCCCGUUGUUCUCCUGCAGAAAAGUGAUUUUGGGAGGGGGGGCAGGAAAUGCCUUAUGGAAACAGGAAGCCCAAGUGA